AUGUGCAAAAAUAAGUUUAACCACCUCCCCUUUAACUCCUGUAACCACCUCCCCUUUAACUCCUUUAACCACCUCCCCUUUAACUCCUUUAACCACCUCCCCUUUAACUCCUGUAACCACCUCCCCUUUAACUCCUGUAACCACCUCCCCUUUAACGCCUGUAACCACCUGCCCUUUAACUCCUUUAACCACCUCCCCUUUAACUCCUUUAACCACCUCCCCUUUAACUCCUUUAACCACCUCCCCUUUAACUCCUUUAACCACCUCCCCUUUAACUGCUUUAACCACCUCCCCUUUAACGCCUGUAACCACCUCCCCUUUAACUCCUUUAACCACCUCCCCUUUAACUGCUUUAACCACCUCUCCUUUAACUCCUUUAACCACCUCCCCUUUAACUGCUUUAACCACCUCCCCUUUAACACCUUUAACCACCUCCCCUUUAACCCCUUUAACCACCUCCCCUUUAACGCCUUUAACCACCUCCCCUUUAACGUCUUUAACCACCUCUCCUUUAACGCCUGUAACCACCUCCCCUUUAACCACCUCCCCUUUAACGCCUUUAACCACUUCUCCUUUAACUCCUUUAACCACCUCCCCUUUAACUCCUGUAACCACCUCCCCUUUAACUCCUUUAACCACCUCCCCUUUAACUCCUGUAACCACCUCCCCUUUAACUCCUUUAACCACCUCUCCUUUAACUCCUUUAACCACCUCCCCUUUAACUCCUUUAACCACCUCCCCUUUAACUCCUUUAACCACCUCCCCUCUAACUCCUGUAACCACCUCCCCUUUAACUCUUUUAACCACCUCCCCUUUAACUCCUGUAACCACCUCCCCUUUAACGCCUGUAACCACCUGCCCUUUAACUCCUUUAACCACCUCUCCUUUAACUCCUUUAACCACCUCCCCUUUAACUCCUUUAACCACCUCCCCUUUAACUCCUUUAACCACCUCCCCUUUAACUCCUUUAACCACCUCCCCUUUAACUCCUUUAACCACCUCCCCUUUAACUCCUUUAACCACCUCCCCUCUAACUCCUGUAACCACCUCCCCUCUAACUCCUGUAACCACCUCCCCUUUAACUCCUGUAACCACCUCCCCUUUAACUCGUUUUGCCGCAGACGCUGCAGAACAUAA